AUGAUAUAUAAAAUUAUAACCCAAGAUUUACUUCGUUUUUUCCUUAUUUAUUUUGUGUUUCUUUUUGGGUUCUCUCAAGGAUUUUAUAUUGUUUUUCUUUCAUGUGAACGUGCUCGAUUAGAUCGAAUAGAAGCUGGCACUUCUGAUCCAGAAGAUGCUACUUCUAAUAUUAUAAAAAAUCCAUUUGAAGCAGUUAUUCGUGUUUUUAUUAUGACAACAGGGGAAUAUCAAACAUUUUAUGGAGAUAUGAGUACAUGUCAAGAGCCAACAAUGUCUACAAUUGGAAAAAUUCUUUUCUUUAUUUAUGAAGUAUUCUCUAGUUUGAUGCAAUUUAAUGUUUUAAUUGCAAUGAUGACAAGAACAUAUGAAAUGAUUUAUGCUACAGAAAAGGAAUGGAAAAGACAGGCAAAUUAA